AUGAAAAAGACAGAGUUGUGGUCAAGGGUUAAACUGGUUCGACAUUUAAUGCCAUCAAACGCGCCGACAGCGAAGGACUCGGCGGUCAAUGAAUCAGAGACAGUGAACGCGUGUUCGGACACCUGUUUCAUAGGACUGCUGUUGUUAAGGACACGAAAACCUGAUAAACUUGUAUUAAUGGCGCCAAACAGAUCCCACUCCCCGUCCACAGUCUCGGUUACGGGUGCGUUCAUGAAUAACCACGUUGUAUAG